GCAGCCUGGAGCGCGGCUCAAUGAUGCAAGAAGCCGCUGUCAAUUAAGAAUUAACCCAACUCAGUGAUCAGGUGGUGAAUGAGCAAGCCAGCCACUGAUAGCUCUUUGGACAGGUUCGACCCCCCCCACACACAAUAUAUAUAUAUAUAUAUAUAUCUCAGCGCGCCAAGUGAAGGGAAACAUGGCUGCAGGUUUAAUGGCAGGUUUUGGUCACUACACCCACGCCGUCGUCCGGGGAAUCCCGACGUCUUUGGCCAGCGAGGCGCUCCGGAGCAUCCAGGCGGAGGUGGACGUGGCCAAGGCUCGGAGGGAGCACGAUGCUUACAUCCACGCCCUGAGGACCACGCUCGGACUGCAGGUCGUGGAGCUGCCCGCGGAUGAGACUAUGCCGGACUGCGUGUUCGUGGAGGAUGCCGCCGUGGUGUGCGGGGACACGGCGCUCAUCACCAGACCCGGCGCGGAGAGCAGGAGGCGAGAGACAGAGGCAAUGAAAGCUGCUCUGAAGGAGCUCAAUCUGAACGUUGUGGAAAUGACUGAUGAGAGUGCCACACUGGAUGGAGGAGAUGUCCUUUUCACAGGCCGAGAGUUCUUUGUAGGCCUUUCCAAACGGACCAAUCAAAGAGGAGCAGAGAUCCUCGCUGAUGCCUUUAAGGACUAUGCUGUGUCUACUGUACCCGUGGUGGAAGGCCUGCACCUGAAGAGCUUCUGCAGCAUGGGGGGGCCAGGUCUCAUUGUCAUCGGCUCCAGUGAACCCGCUCAGAAAGCCCUCAAAAUCAUGCAACAAAUGAGUGAUCAUCGUUACGACAAGCUGACGGUGCCUGAUGACCUCGCUGCCAACUGCAUCUACAUGAAUCUACCCAAUAAAGGACAUGUGCUUCUGCAUUGUACACCAGAGGAGUUUCCCGAAAGUGCAAAGGUGUUUGAGAAGUUGAAAGACCACAUGCUGAUUCCUCUGUCUAACAUGGAGAAAGUGAAAGUAGAUGGAGCCCUCACAUGCUGCUCAGUGCUCCUCAACAAGAAGGUCGACAACUAAGUGCAUUUCGACCAAGUGGAGCCUGCAUCCAAGACUUGGUAAAAACCGUCACUGGAAAAAGAGAUUUGUUUUUUUUAAAUUAACGGGUACAUAGUAUUAAAGUACAUAAUCGAUACCUUUUGCUUUUGUCCAAUCGUGGGACGCCUGUGUGUUUAUGAUGUGUGUUCAAAGUCCAUUGACUUUUUCGACUGCGUUGCCUCUCAACGUGACUGUGAGUGAGAGUUGAGGAAAUGACAUCAGGAGGUGAUGCUUGCGUAUGGGCAGGCAAGCAGUGAUGAAGCGUGGAAAGAAUUUGGUCCGUUGUGUUCAGAGGGGAGGCCUGCGACGCCAGUAAACACUGACUCUUAAACUUGCUCCGUCUUCGUCUCUCACCCACGUUUUUACUAGUGCCUGAAAGACGGGUUUGCAUUAACUUAAGGCCGUGACGUCAUACUGUCUGGCCGAGGUACCAAGGAUGUCGAAGUAGGUCUUACUAACAAUGAUGUGAAGCAUCAUUCCCUCCUUGUUAUGUUACUACACACAGAUUGUAUUGUCCUGGCUAUUAUUUCCUAUUAAGCUUGAAUUCCGUACUACUUCACCAUCAUUUUGUCACGCUGCUGAUUAUAAUUACGUUUUAUCCCACAGUGGUAGGAAUAAUGAUUGUUGUUGUAAUUUAAAUGUUUAAACCGAGGUUUUGUAGUUUUCAUCUGCUAACAGGUUUUGACCUCUUUGUUUAAUAAACAACUAUGACACUUAUUGUUUAAA